AUCCUCACACACAUGCUCAAAGUAAUCGUGGACGCCCUUGCGACCACAUCCGGUUCCCUCGUGCCAUCUACAGACAACACACUGUGCGCGCUGUGCACGUGCGUGCGGACACCAUGAUACCGAUGUUCCUGACCGUCUUCCUCGGCAGCGGCGAGCAGGAUGCCUGCGAGAUUCCCAUCAUGCCGCACACGCUGUGUCAGGACGUCCUGGACGUUUGCAGGGAACCCGGAGAAGUCCGUUGCUCCCUGACUGAGACGUGGAGAGGAUCCGAGCGCACCGUCGGGGAGGAGGAGAAGAUGAUGGAGGUGUUGCAGCGUUGGGGACAGCACAGAGUGGAGGUGACGUACCUCCUGCGGCCCCCAGCGGACCCCGGACCACAACCAGGUGUGUGCAGGCCAGCUGAUCACAUGAGGAGCACAGGUCACAUGACUGUGGACCAAGAGCGACUGAGGAGCUUGAGGCAAGAUGGGCAUCAGGAAGCGUCGGAGAAGGAGCAAGUGCAGCGGCUGCGGGAGAACAUCUUGAAGCAGGAGGCCAAAUUGCAGCGUGUGCGGGCCCUCAGGGGCCAAGUGGAGACCAAACGCCUCAGCAACAGCAAGCUGGUGGAGGAGGUGGAGCAGAUGAGCGGCGUUCUCCAGCAGAAACAGAAGGAGGUACUUCUGGCCGUCACCCGCGUGGAGGAGUUAAGCCUCCAGCUGGAGGCGCUGAGGAGCAGCUCACUUCUGCCUCCUCUUUCACGCCUCCAUUCCACCUCUUCCUCGUCCGUGGAGCUGGAGCGUCUCUGCAGAGAGCUGCAGGUGAGGAACCAACUGAACCAGGACCAGAGCACCCGCCUGCAGCAGCAGAGGGAGGGGCUGAACAAGAAGAACCUGGAGGUGGCGGCCAUGGAGCGGCGCCUGGCUGAGCUCCGCCAUCGUCUCUGGAAGAAAAAGGCGGCGCUGCAGCACCAGGAGAACACGGCAAAUGUGUGGGCCGUUGGGGAGCCAUUGGGUGGGUCCGCCAAUGUCUGGACGGCUGGAACAGGAACCGUUUGUGUGGGCUCCCCCAUGCAGGUGACCUCAGAAAGUGCUGUGGCCUCCAAGGUGGCGGCGGUGGGCCCGUACAUCCAGUCGUCCUGUCAGGUGCCGGCGCCUCCCGCUCACCAAGACGUCGUAGCGAAGCCCGCCUACCGGGAUGGCACAGCCACUCUGCCGAUGCCUAACCGGUCCUUGAAGCCUCCGCCCCGCCCGCUCAAAGCAGCCUCAGCUGUCAAGACCAGGGACAAGUCCAGCCCCGCCCACGCCUCCACACUGCCCCGCAUGGCCAGCUUGCGCCACUACACUUCAGCAGAAACCUCGCCCCCUGUCCCUUUAAGGACCAAUCACAUGACUGAAGACCCCCCCGGGAAUCGCCAGCUAGCUCCGCCUCCAGCGACCACCUUCUCCACCGGAACCUUCCCUGGAAAGACGCGGCCAGCAGGGGGUGCUCAUUACAGUCACACCCUCCCACUGGCCAGAAAGCAGGAAAGCCCCCCCGCUGCCACCGUACGACCUUACACCCCGGAGCCCUCGGCGCCCCCGAGCCCCGUGUUGCAGAAGCCUCAGAGGGUGGCGGCGGCGUCCAUCUACUCUGUGUACACGCAGCAAAGCCUCCUGGGAAAGAGCUACCAGGCGAGCACGCUGCCUCGCUGCCAACCAGUGUAUGGGAAACCAGUCCUCCCGGCCAGUGGGGAGCAGCAGUCUGCCCUCUCGUGUGCUUCUAAGAGGAACGAGAGUGAAGGUUCUGGGAUGGAGGCUGCAGAGCGAGCCCCGCCUCGACCGCUCAGUCCCACAAAGCUCCUCCCCUUUCUAUCUACCCCCCUCAGGAGCGCCGGCGACACCGACACGGAAGCCCUGCGGCGCCGCCACCACGCCCCCCGGCCCCUGAAGAAGCGCGGCUCCAUCACGGAGCCCGAGGGUCCAGUAGGACCCAACAUCCAGAAGCUUCUCUACCAGAAGACCACUCUGGCUGCCAUGGAGACCAUCCUCACGGAGACCCCAGUUACUGGCUCAGAGGAUAUGAGCCCGCCCCCAAUACCCCCACGGUCACCCAUCUUAAACUCCACAUCCUACUGCCCGCCAGCCGCCCCUCUGGGGGAGGUCAAGGAGGAAGCGGUGUAUCCGGUCACCUCCCAACCCCAGGACCUCUCCUCCUCUCCCCCACCGUACCUCCUACAAGGAGAGGACACCCAAGUCCUGUGUCCCCCAGAGGUCACCGGGCAGGUCAUGACAUUGGUGGGAAAGAAGUCCAUCCUCCGCAAAGCUGACUCAGGUCCUGUAGACCGGGCAGUCCGGGUCAAGUUCAACCCCCUGGCCAUCCUGCUGGACUCGUCCCUAGAGGGCGAAUACGACCUUGUCCGCAGGGUGAUCUACGAUGUCGACGAUCCCAGUUCAGCCAACGACGAGGGCAUCACGGCGCUACACAACGCCGUGUGCGCCGGACACACGGAGAUCGUCAAGUUUCUGGUCCAGUUUGGCGUCAACGUCAACGCCGCAGACAGUGACGGCUGGACGCCGCUGCACUGCGCCGCCUCCUGCAACAACGUGCAGGUGUGCAAGUUCCUGGUGGAGUCGGGGGCCGCCGUCUUCGCCGCCACGUACAGCGACUUGCAGACGGCUGCUGACAAGUGUGAAGAAACGGAGGACGGCUACGCCCAGUGCUCCCAGUUCCUCUAUGGCGUCCAGGAGAAGAUGGGGGUGAUGAACAGAGGGGUGGUCUACGCCCUGUGGAACUAUGAGCCCCAGAGCAGUGACGAGCUGGGCUUCCAGGAGGGCGACUGCAUGACGGUGCUGAAACGGGAAGACGAGGUGGAGAGUGAGUGGUGGUGGGCGAGAUGUGGCGACUACGAGGGUUACAUCCCCCGAAACCUGCUUGGGCUCUAUCUGAGGAUCCGCCCCCGACAGAGAAGUCUGGCAUGAAUUUUGAGCUGGUUGGACGUUCCGACGACAUGACCACAAUGAUGGACAGCUGUCAAAGAUGAAAUAUAACAACAAAAUUAAAGAUUAAGUUCCGCCUUCUACCUGUCUACAUAAAGUGCCAGCACGCUACGCUAGUAGGCCAAACUAGAGUGGCCAUCUUGAGUUGGAAGUCAUGUGAGUUUAUUCAUGAAAUGUAAACGUUGAGCGCUCACAUGCACAACAAAUGUCAAAGUUUAGUUAAAUAAUAUUUAUCUGCGAUACAUUCAGUGUUCAUCUUUUCGCUGCAAAACGCCCUAAAGUGCUCAAACAAGUCAUGACACACAAACAACUUCUUGGAGCGUGCUUGGAAAUAAUCCGGAUCAGCGUAUGGGACAACAUCAGAU